AUGGAUUAAAAGCAAGAUUAUGCAAAUAUCAUUUUGACUCAAUUAGAGUCAAUAGAAACCUUAAACUCUUUGGAAAUAGCUAAAUCUUUAUCUAUUAAUCAUUAAGAUCUAGUUGGAUGUCUUUUGCAAUUAGAAUCUGCUAAUUAUAUUAAGACAGAAGUACAUAGAAUCUUAAUUAUAAAUAGGGAUAAAAAUAGGAUUAAUUAAUCUUAACUAAUGAAGGAAAUACAAUAUUAAAUUCUUAAUCAGGAGAAUAUGAAAUUUAUUAGAAAAUACCAUAAGAAGGAAUAUCAAUGCUAGAUUUAUAAAAGUUAUUUUGUAUUGAAUAAGUUCAAAAAGUGAAAUAAGAAUAAGGAGAAAAGAAAGAAAAAUAAAUUGACGAUCCAAAAAAGAAAUAAUUUGAUUUAGGUUUUGGUAAUGCUAAAAAAAUGGGUUAUAUCAAAAUGGAUAAAGGUCUUAUAAGUAAAGUUGCCAAUGAUUUACCUGAUAAAAUUAAAUUGGAAUUAUCAUAAUUAAACACUAUCAAAUUAGGCUCACAAUAAGCAAAAUUAUUAAUUGAAAGAAAACUUGCUAUGAUUUCAACUAUUAAAUAUUUUGAAAUCAAAAAAGGCAUUAAAUAUGCUAAUAAAUUUAGAGAAUAAUAUGCAGCUUUAACUACAGAGUAAUUAUUAAAUGGAGAAUGGAAAGAGUGUGAUUAUAAAAGCAUUAAUUUAAAUGCAGAAGGUGAAAAGAGUAAUAAUUCUUAUUUUAUAAUAAUAGUUUCUAUGGGUAAUUUGCAUCCUUUAUUGAAAGUAAGGAAAUAGUUUUCAUAAAUAUUGAUUGGAUUAGGAUUUGAAGAAAUGCCAACAAAUCAAUUUGUAGAAUCUUCUUUCUGGAAUUUUGAUGCUCUAUUUUAACCAUAAAAACAUCCAGCAAGAGAUGCUCAUGAUACUUUCUUUUGCAGUGAUCCAGAAUUAAGUGAAGAAGUUGAUCCAAAUCUUAGAGAUAAAGUAAAGUCUAUGCAUUAGACAGGAGGUGUAGGUAGUAUUGGAUAUCAAUAUGAAUGGUCAAAUGAAGAAGCCAGAAAAAAUAUAUUAAGAACACAUACAACAGCUGUCUCAUCUAAAAUGUUAUAUAGAAUAGCAUAAUUAUAUAAAGAAAAAGGAUACUUUCCUAAAAAAUAUUUUAGCAUUGAUAAAGUGUUUAGAAAUGAAACUUUAGAUGCUACUCAUUUGGCUGAAUUCCAUCAGAUUGAAGGCAUUGUCAUCGACAAGAAUGCUUCAUUAGGAUAAUUAAUGGGAAUUAUUAGAGAAUUCUUUAGAUAAAUUGGAAUUAAUAAAUUGUGGUUUAAACCUACAUAUAAUCCUUAUACUGAACCUAGUAUGGAAAUUUAUGGUAAUAUAUAUAUAUAUAUAAUAUUAUAGGAUAUCAUCCUGUUUUGAAAAAGAAAGUAGAAAUAGGUAAUUCUGGUGUAUUUAGACCUGAAAUGUUGGCACCUCUUGGAAUUCCAGAAGAUGUGAAUGUAAUUGCAUGGGGAUUGGGGUUGGAAAGACCAACUAUGAUUUAUUAUGAUAUUAGAGAUAUUAGAACUAUGGUAGGACCAGAAGUUAAAGUUGAAACUGUUAGAUAGAAUGCAUUCUGUGUCUUUGAAAGUAAAUGA